AUGCGGCGAAUUUACGCGCAGGCAUCCACUGUAUACGCCUGGCUAGGAGACGGGUCCAAAGAUGAACAAGAAAUGGUCUCCUCCAUGUCAAGCGUUGUCGAGGCUUUCCACCGGGCGGAGUCGAUCAAUCCCGUUCGAGGUCAGGAUGCCCUAGAGAAUGACUCCGGAUGUGUGUCGGUCCUUCCUUCUCCCGCAUCUGGCUUUUGGUCAGCGUUUGGUCGUAUCAUUCAUCGUCCUUGGUUCAGGCGACUAUGGGUUCUCCAGGAGGUGCUGCUCGCAAGGGAAAUCAGGCUCGACUGUGGGCCAGCGACUGUCGACUGGGCAACCCUCAUCAAAAUGGAACACAUCAUCCUUCGCCGGAACUUUUACUCACUUCUCAGAGGCAAAGACUACAAGAUCGAGGAGAUCUUCAAAGCCCUGAAUAUCGUGUCAAACUUUGAAUGGUGUAAGACCAAAAUGCCCCAAAGUACCGAUAACACGGUGCCAAUCAUUCUUGGCCUGGUGCCGCAACGAGUUCGGGAUGCGGCCACUGUCACUCCAACUUUCCUCCUGCCAAAGGCUUAUGCCGAUCUCAUUCAGCAUUGUCUCAGGUUCGAUUUUAGGCUGGAUCUUCUGAGUCAGGUAGAAGGGGCAGAAGCCCAGCGACUUGUUGGCCUUCCAUCUUGGUAUGCAGACUUCCAACUUGCUGCGCCGAUUAACCAAUUUGGGGGAAUCAAUGGUCCGGCAUCUGGAUUUCAUGCAGGUUUCAGAAAACCAUUUCUCGAGAAGCCUAUCUUGUCGGCGGAUUCCGGCAGAAAUAUUCUUACGUGGAAAGGUUUCUGGUCGACAAGGUAA